CUCCCAUUGCUAGAAAUUUUACUUCUUCUUUCUUUCAGCUUCAUUUCAUUUCACAACUUCAUCAUCUUCUCUCUAGAAAACUUUUCUUUUCUUUUCUUUUUUAAUAAUUUUUUUCUUUCUUCAACUUCUGAAACAAACCCUAGAUAAAACCAAAACCCUUGAUCUUGGUCGGAGUAGUACUCCUCUUCCCCCGCCAUUAUCUCCGGCUGGAGUUCGACCUGGGUACCCAUAUGAUCCGAUCUAGCCUCACAGCUGGGGUUUUCGGGGAAACCCACUUGCUUGGGUGGGAGCUUAAGAAAUAGAGCAAGAAGAAGAAGAAGAAGGUGGGUGGUGGUGGUGGUAAAACGUGAGUUAGAGAGGUUUUAGGGUUUUGAGAGGGAGAAGAAUCGGAGGGCGAAAUGUACAAAAACCAGCUUCAAGAGCUGGCCCAGAGGAGCUGCUUCAACCUCCCUUCUUAUACCUGCAUUAGAGAAGGUCCAGACCACGCGCCGAGGUUCAAAGCCACCGUCAACUUUAACGGCGAGACCUUCGAAAGCCCUCACUAUUGCUCAACUCUCCGUCAGGCUGAGCACUCCGCCGCUGAAGUUGCACUUAACUCUCUCUCUAGCCGUGGCCCCUCUCACUCUCUCGCCGCUAGGAUCCUGGAUGAGACGGGGGUUUACAAAAACCUCUUACAGGAAAUAGCUCAAAGAGUUGGAGCUCCAUUGCCCCAAUAUACAACAUACCGUUCAGGUCUUGGGCACCUGCCAGUUUUUACAGGGACAGUAGAAUUAGCAGGUAUCAUUUUUACAGGAGAACCAGCAAAGAACAAAAAACAAGCAGAGAAGAAUGCGGCAAUGGCAGCCUGGUCGUCUUUAAAACAAUUGGCGAAAGAAACUGCAAGUUCUUCAUCUGAACCAGAAAGCAGCGAUGAGCUGGAGCAGAUAACUAUAGCCCGAGCAUUGUCGAAUUAUCGACUGAAGGAAAAAAUGGCAAAUCCAAAUGCCCCAAUACCAUUUCCAAAGAAGUUUCCAGUUCAGCACACAAGGCCAACGAGUCCACAAACUCCCCCAGCUACCACAUCAAAAAUACUCCCCUUAAUUUGCCAAAAGACAGCUUCUCGACACAGACCCCAUCCUAGUUUACUUAAUGACAGUCAUAUGAUACAACCACAACCUCUUCCACCUGAAAGCCGCGGGUCCCGUCCUCUGAAGUUCCCUGCUGUUGGAGCAGCACCGUAUGUCCCCAUCCGCCAAAUGAGGACAUCUUGCCAUGGCAUUGCACCACCGGUAACAAUAAGAACUGCUGUGCCUGUGUUCUCUGCUCCGCCACUUCCUCCACCAGCUGCAGUUUCACGCCAGGUUAUGCGAGCACCUCCAGUACGAAUCGCUCCUCCUGUAACUAUCAGACAGGCUGUGCCAGUAUUUGCCGCUCCACCUGUUCAGAAGGACAAUCCUCUAGUUAGAAAAGACGAACCUCUACCCGUUCUAAAAGAAGAUCAACCAGCCAUUUUGAAAGAAGACGUUCCAGCAGCCCCUGCUCCAACACUGCAUAAUCAAUUACCUACUCAAACAGACGAAGCCAGGAGCAAAUCUGCAGUGGAUGAUUUAGUAGAAUCAAAGACAGUCACAGCGCAGAUCCUGGAACAACUAAAAAUCUGAGGUUUGAUACAAAAGAAUCUAUUCAACGGGGAAACACUGUCAUGGUUUUGUGCCGAUCUUAAGUUUGUUUUUGCUAUCGUUCUCAUUUUGCUAGUGUUUUUAUUUUUCUUUUUGUCAUCUUCUCUCUUUUUUUAACCUUCUGCCCUUUUUGUUCUGUUAAAAAAAGCUACAGUUGGCAGAUUAAAUUAGUAUCAGCAUUCUCAUAUCUACUCCAUUCAAGAGUAGCUGUUUCAGCCCA